CGCACUUUCACCAUGCACUCCAUCCUCCGUUCCGCCCGAUCCACAAGCCUCUUGCGCGCUCGCCCACGCGUAUUCCAACCAACUCAGCUUGCUCGAAGCCUCGUCACAAAACGAUUCACCGUUGAACAUGAGGCGGUAGAAUUCGACGAUGCGACUGGACUGGGGGUUGUCCGCAUCACCGACCAUGCUCAGCAGUCAUUAGGAGAUGUCGUUUUCGUGGAACUGCCCGUGGUGGGUACCAAGGUUGCGCAAGGCGACCAAAUUGGGGCCGUAGAGAGCGUAAAAGCCGCGUCUGACAUUUAUGCGCCAGUUUCGGGAACGAUAACGGAGGUCAACGACGCUCUCUCCACACAACCUGGACUCCUCAACAAGUCUCCCGAUGACAAAGGCUGGUUGUGCAAAAUCAAUCUGACCUCUCCAGAUGAGAUGGAGAAGCUUUUGACGGAGGAGGCGUAUAACGAAUCGUUGUGA